AUGUUACCAAAUGAAGUAACUGCAGACCAGACUCUUCAAGAAGAGCGUAUCAAAAUGUUCCUCUAUCUCGUCAACAAAUCGAUUGAAACCAAAGAAAAGAUAAUCAAUCAAGAAGAACUAUUUGCAACCUCAUUCAACAUAUUAUUAAGUAAAAGAAAAGAAGAAUUACAAUUUAUAAAUGAAAGUCAUUCAAAAGAGAUGCAAGAAGCAGCAAAUCAUGGACAUACUGGUGAUAUAAUAGAACAAAUGGUUAGUGACAAUGUAAAAAAGAUUGAAAUUGUGGAAAAGAGAUAUGAGAAUGAAAUCAACGAUUUAAAGAUAAAACAAAAGGCUGACUUUACAUCAUUCUUGAAUGAUCUAUAUUGGUUAGAAACAACAAAAGAUGAAUUGGAUAAAGUAGAUGAGGAUUUUGGUAUACCAAACAGCAAUAGCAACAGUAAUAAUACAUCAAGUUUAAAUAAUAAUAAUAAUAAUGCACAAUCAACAACAACUACAGGUGUAAAUAAAACAAGAAGUAAUAGUAGUAGUCGUAGAGAUAGUAGUAUUGCAGAUAAACCAAAGGAACCUGAAAAGGUUGGAAUCAUUGGAUCACUUGGACAAGGUUUAGAUAAAGGUGUUCAAAGAGCAUCUUCUUUCUUCUCUUUUGAUAGAUUUAAGAAGAAUUUACCUGGUGGAAAUCAACAACAACAACAAACAAAUCAACAGCAACAACAACAACAAGGUAGUAAUACAUCACCAAUUACAUCACCAACCAUACAAUCAUCACAAAUAGAUAUUAAUAAUCAACAACAACAACAACAACAAAAUCAACAAUUAAAUGAUGUUGGAUCACCACAACGACAUAGUAAAUCAAUGACACUUGGUGGAGCAAUGACUACUACUACCGGUGGAUCGGAUGUUACAGAUAUUAUGAACAGUAAACCAUCUAGAAAAGAUUCAUUCGGUGCGGCUGUCAUGUCGACUUCACCCAAGUCAUCGAUGAUGACACAAUCAAAUGCAUCGAAAAAGUCAUACUACAAAGUAACAGAGAGUUUAAUGAUUGCUGUUGGUGUUCAAAAGAAAAAGUUAUUCGAAUUCAAACUUAUCGAUGCCCUACCUCUACACUUGUGUCGUCCAGUGUCAACCGGUGAAUACUUAAAGUCCAAGAGAAUAGAGUAUAUCCAAACACUCUAUUCCGAUUCACUGUCCGCCGUCAUUCUAUUAGCAGAUCCAUCACUUUCUUUUAAUUCUCAAAGUGAAAAGAAUUUCAUUCAAUAUUGUAACAUGUCAACAGAGUUACAUUUCGAUUCAAUCGAUAAACAGAUAGAGAUGUUUAAAGAGUCAGUCGAUACAACAGAUCUAAAGAAUGGUGAUUUCUUUAUUACUAAGCAUUCCAAUCUUUCAGAUGUACAAGUUGUUUUCCAUUUAUUAGCUGAUAGUAAAAAUCGUACACCAUGGGGAGAAUCACCAUUCCCAACUACAUCAGAUUUAGCAAGAGGUUUGAGAAAUAUUAUUUUGACAGCUUCAAAAUAUGGAAUUGGUUGUCUAACUAUACCAAUAGCACUCACAGAAGCAGAUGCAGAUCUCAACGUAUCUGGUGCAGCAAUAGCAAAUAGAACUACCGCUAUUUUAAGAUCAUGUGAUUCCAAUAUUAAUUAUAAUUUUAUAAACAUUAGUGUUGUAAGAGCUUCUCUAACAAGCUUACACGAGUAUACAUCGAUAAAAACAAUACAGUUUUCACUUCCACCAAGUUUAGAUGGAGAAAUGCAAUGA